CAGGUACAUCCUGCAGCCAUGUUGUCAGAGGAUGCGGUGGACAAGCCUCGGCUUGGCCCUCCCGGGGUGAACUCCCGUUCUGUGAGCGCCGCACACUCUGCCGCUGAUCUUGAGGUACUGAGAGAGAUAGAGAAUGUAUACUUCUCUAGCCCUACCGAGUUCGACGCGGCGCGCUACGCGCUGGAGCACGCGCCCGCGCCGCCCACCACCGCCGCCAUCGAGCAGAUGUUUGACAAGCUGAAACGGCAGCAACAGGUGGUGUCCAGUAAAGCCCUGCAUCUCAUACAGCAACAGAGAGACAACUGCGAUCGCGAAUUUGCGGAGAUCCAGAACAUUCGAGUGGAACUCGACAAGACACUAGCAACCUGCCGAGAAGCCAGGGAACACCUUAAGACAGCUUCAGACAGCCUCACAGUACAUCCUUUUGUUAUAUUAGCUAAUUAUAGAAAACGACAAAUAAUUAAAACUGUUCUCAAAUAUUUAGAGCUACUUAAAGACUUGCGGAGCGUCGAGAAAGACGCAACCGAUUUACUUAACGCGAAAGAAUAUGAAGCAGCAAUAGAUCUUAUACUUAAAAGUUUGAAAUCGGCUGCAGCGCACAAAGAAUUCACUUGUAUAGCGGAACUGUCUAAUAGAUUACAAGACACGCUUGAAAUGACAGAAGAAAGACUGGAUUCAGUGCUUGCGAGCAUCUGUUACAAUUUUGAUGACACGGUAUUCAAAAAACUUCGCAACGCGUACAACCUAUUGGGAAAGACCCAAGCGGCUAUGGAACAGCUGCAUAUGCAUUAUUCGUCGGCUGUUAAUGAGACAUCGGUAGAUGCUGUUAAGCAGUUCCUAAAUGAAGUGUCCCUAGAAAUGAAAUUUCAAGAUAUGUGUCAAGCAGUCCCUGCAAGCAAAGCCCCCAUUUGUCUUCUAAACUUGUGCGAAAAUCUCUUCCUCAUCAUGAAAAGCUACUAUUUACUCGUUGAAUGGCAUUUGAAGAAUGAUGAAGAUGUAAGUCCUGGUACCAGCAGUGUUUUCGAAAUAGAAAAGAAUGUCAGUCGAGAAUACAUUCGUCAGAAAUUAAAAGCCGGUUUGAUACGAAUCUGGAACGACGUUCAAGGAAAAGUUUCCACGUUCCUCAAAAGUUCUGGCCUCGAGGAGUUUCCUUUUGAAAAGUUCAUUCAAAUGCUGGGAAUUUUGAGGAAACUCACACAGAUAGCGGAAAUAUUCUGCGGUGAUACUUCGGACCUCUUGCAAGACUUUAUUAAGUCACAGAGUGUAUCGUACAUCAAAAACUAUCAUAGAGGCAGAAUGGAGGAGCUUAAACUCUUUCUAGAAAAUGAAGGCUGGGAGCAAUGUCCAGUUAAACCUAGCUUCACGUUGCUAAACCUUCAAGAAUUCCGUCAGUUCAAGAAAUAUAUUACACCAACGCGAUCUGAUGUUUCCAUAAUUACAUCCAAACACUCCCAAUCCGAUGGAACAUCAUCAGUCCAUUCGCAAGAAGACAGCGUUUACAUAAAGAAAUAUUUCAAAGCUAAAACCCAGCAUACUCCUUUUGAAAUGUUCCGAAAUGAGAAUAUAACAAAUGAUGAUAUUUUCGGUCUCGAACCCGACUCCAAUCCAUCUGAUGAUUCUGACGAUGAACCUGAGGAAUUAAGACGGGAUUAUGUCGAAGAAACGGAGCAAGGUGACCUGCCUAAAGUCAACAGUCCUUCCAAAGUUAAAGACAGUGUUAUAGUCACUAACACUACUCUGUCCGUGCUCAGAAACUGCGGGCAGUAUCUGCAAAUCUGCCGAUAUCUCCCCCAAAUAUCGCUAGAGGUGGUCAUGCUUAUGAAUCAACUUUUCGACUACUACUUUUACACCGUCCAUCUUUUCUUCACGGCAGAUCAAGAGGUGUCUUCAAAUACUUUGUACACUUCAAAGUUGAAUGCCAUUUUGAAGCGAAUCAAAAACAAUAUUGAUACCACUGGCAGCGUUCCUGAUGUUGAGUCAAAAACGUUUAUUUGCCCUGAAAUUCCUAACCAUUUAGACAUGAAAUCUGAAGAUACGCUACACGGACUAAGCGAAAGAAUAGUCGCAGUCGAAAGCGUGAUAUUUUUGGCAAAACAAUUUGACCUUUUGCAGCCGUAUCUAGAGUCUAUAGUUGCAGCUCAUCAGAAGAUGAUCUUGGAGCAUUUCAGAGACAACACUUUGAUGGUGGCUGUCGAUUUAAGAAUGCCUGUUUAUAUGUGCUCUGCGUCUAAAUCAGUUGAUGCUAGAGCGGUGCUUAUAGCCAUGUCUCAAGUGCGUUGGGAGGUGAAAAACGUAGCUGAAGAACAUAGUGCUUACGUCGACACAAUCGUAAGGAGGUUACAAUAUUUCGCGUUGCGUUUAGAAAACAUAUCCGCAAAAGUGACUUUGAACAUCGAAGUGGUUCGAGCGAUUUGGUCUAUGGUUUCGAAAUUCGUCGUGCAUUUGCUUGUGGAAGGGUUUUCGAACGCAAACAAAUGUUCUAACGGCGGCCGCGGAUUGAUGCAGUUAGAUUAUAGACAGUUAUUUGUGAAGUUAGAGAAGAUAUCCGGCUUGAAACCGCUGCCCUAUCAGGAGUAUGUAGACAGGUAUGUGAAAGCCUACUAUUUGCCGAGGAAUGAGCUGGAACAGUUUAUUAAAGAGAGGAUGGAAUACUCGAAUAAGCACUUACUGGCGUUGGUCAGUUGUGCGUGCGAAAACAAAAGGGAUCGACAAGAGUUGGUGGCAAUUCUAGAUGGUAGAGAUUCUAGAGAUACUUAAAUAAUUAUACCUAUGCUUUGUAAAAUAUAGAAAGAGUCUCAUGACAUUUGAUUGACAGAUGCUUAUGCCUGGUGGUCA